AUGGUUGAUCUCAACAUAAAUAAAAAAGAAAGGAAGAUUCAUUCAUAUAAAGUUUUAGGUACAAAUCAAAAAAAGGAAGCAUUAGAAGAAUUACUGAAUGAUCCUAGUUAAGAAAAUUUUGUUUUACUUAGUAAGAAAUUUAAUACAACUACACGAAAUUUAAGAAGAUGGUAUAAUUAAGGUUAUAUGAGAAAAGGUGGUUGUGGAAGGAAAAAAAUUAAUCCUUAAGGUGUAAUUAGAUUAGAAGAAUGGAUAUUGGAAGAAACUAGAAAAUAAGGUAGGAAAAUAAGUAGAAAUCAAAUUAAGGAAUAAGCAAUCAAAAUAUUUAAUAUUGAAUCUUUUAAAGCAUCCAAAGCAUGGAUGGAUAAAUUUAUUAAAGAACAAAAUCUAAAGUUUAAAAUAAAAUAAAUUCUUUUAGAAAAUUGUUUACUUUCGAAAUGUUAAAUAAUAAAACAUAAGUAAAUACAAAAUAAUCUGAAGGAGAAGAAAUUUGAAAGGUCUUCAACAAAAAAAUAAUAAAAAAGGAUUAAAUUAGAGUAAUUGAAAACCAAAUAUAUAAUGGGAAACUUAGAUUAAAUAAUUGUUUAAGAUUUUUAAAUUGGUUAAAAAUAAAAUACAAUUAAGUUAGAGAACAAUAAUAAGGAAGAUGAUAUGUAUUUUACAGCUAGUUUUGAAUAAGAAGCUAGAUAAUUUGAAAAUAAUUAUGGAGAACAAUUAUACUUAGGAUUUGAUUGA